CAUAGACCUGUCAAACAACAUAGACGCCAUCUUGACAGCACCCUCAAAAUGGCAGAAAGAUGUGAGCUAGAAACCGAGUCCAAACUAAGAUCUCAGCGCUCUGCUAUUUAAAACCAGUCGGCGCCGUUUUUCCCCAACCGCGGGUGGUUAUGGAGUUGGAGCCCAGCGAGGCAGCACAGAGCCUGUAACAUGGAUAUAUCGACGGCGGUUUUCAACGCGGCCAGAGAUGGUAAGCUGAAACUUAUCCAGAAGUUGCUGAGCAACAAAAGUCCAGAGGAGCUGGAGGCUUUGGCUGAGGAGAAAACACAGGGGGGAACCCCUUUGCUGAUAGCCUCUCGAUACGGACAUUUAGAGGUGGUGGACUACCUCCUUGAACAUUGUAAAGCGAAUGUUGAACUCGGGGGUUCGGUGAACUUUGACGGCGAGACCAUCGAGGGGGCUCCGCCGCUCUGGGCGGCUUCGGCAGCCGGUCACCUCCUUGUGGUGAAGACGCUACUGAAACACGGUGCCUCAGUAAACAAUGCAACACUAACUAACUCAACGCCGCUCCGAGCUGCCUGCUUCGACGGUCACCUGGAGAUCGUCCGCUACCUGGUGGAGCACAGAGCCGACAUGGAGGUCGCCAACCGCCACGGCCACACCUGCCUCAUGAUCUCCUGCUAUAAGGGCCACAAGGAGAUAGCCAAGUUCCUCCUGGAUCGCGGUGCGGAUGUUAACCGCAAGAGUGUGAAAGGAAACACUGCCCUACACGACUGUGCCGAGUCAGGUAGUCUGGACAUCAUGAAGAUGCUGCUGAAGUGCAGUGCCCGCAUGGAGAGAGACGGAUACGGGAUGACCCCGCUCCUGGCCGCAAGCGUGACGGGUCACACCAACAUAGUGGAGUACCUCGCCCACCAGCCUCGUACCUCCAGAGAGGAGCGCAUUGAUGCACUUGAACUCCUAGGGGCUACUUUUGUGGACAAAAAGCGUGAUCUGUUGGGCGCCAUGAGGUACUGGAGGAGGGCGAUGGAGCUGAGGCAGCCAGGGGAAAAGACCGGUUCUCUUGCCAAGCCCCCACCCGGUCCCCCGAUCCCCGCCUAUGGCUGCGCACAGGAGGUGUGCACUGCAGAGGAACUCGAGGCUUUGAUCACCGACCCGGACGAAAUGAGGAUGCAGGCCCUGUUGAUUCGCGAGCGCAUCCUGGGCCCGUCCCAUCCAGACACGUCUUAUUACAUCCGCUAUAGGGGAGCUGUGUACGCUGACUCGGGCAACUUUGAGCGCUGCAUAAGUCUGUGGAAGUACGCUUUAGACAUGCAGCAAAGCAACCUGGACCCUCUCAGUCCCAUGACAGCCUCAAGUUUCCUGUCUUUUGCAGAGCUCUUCUCGUUUGUUCUUCAAGACCGGGCAAAAGGCUCGCUGUCAACACGCAUCACCUUCCAUGAUCUCAUGACUGUGUUGGGCAAAAGCGUGAGGGAGGUAGAGAGAGCUGUGGCACAGAGGGAUAAUCCCCCAGAAGCUCCUCAGUUCACCAAAGCCCUCUCCAUCAUCCUCCACCUCAUCUUUCUACUGGAGAAGCUCGAGUGCAGCCCGGAGCAGGAGCACCAGAAGAAGCACACGGUGUACCGACUUCUAAAGCUGAACCCCCGAGGGCGGAGCGGCUUCACCCCCCUGCACAUGGCCGUAGACAAGGAAACGACAUCUGUCGGCCGCUACCCGGUAGGCCGCUUCCCCUCCCAGGCGGUGGCUGCACUGCUCCUAGAGUGCGGCGCGGACGUUGAUUCGCGGGACUGUGAGAACAACACACCGCUGCACAUUGCUGCUAACAACGGUUGUCCGGAGAUUAUAGCGCUCCUCAUGAAGGCUGGAGCUCACUUCGAUGCCACAAAUGCACAGAGGAAGACGGCCUACGAGCUGUUGGAUGAGCACAGCAGCGGGCACCCGGCCCUCUACCCGCUAAACUACGUCACCCUUCAGUGCCUGGCAGCACGUGCAAUCGAAAAGCACAGACUGCCCUACAGGGGACUCAUCUCUGAAGAGAUGGAGGCUUUCAUUGAGCUGCACUGACUUCCACUUCUGCAUCAACCGCCCCCUUCUAAUGAAGAGGCAUCCCAGCAACUACUCUUCCCGUUCUCGCCUAUUCUUUACUGUGACCUGACACAAACUAUUCUUUUGGGGGUUUUUUUGCUCGACACAAGUCUCCUCUUGACUUCUGCUCCACUGCUGACUGUAACCAACGUUUUUAUCAGACCAAACCAAUAGCAAUAAACAUCCAACCUCUGGGCUUAAGUGUCUGCCAGAGGUCUGGUCAGUUGUUGCUUUAUUCUAACACAGACUUUUAAGGUGAUUGUUGGUUUCCACUGCUACUUAAUGCCAGGUGAAACGUUAACAUCAUAUAGACUCUAUUGCGUCUCCUCUCAGUGUCUCCUUCUAAAACAAACAAGCAAAAAGGGAGCGGUACAAGCUGAUGGGGGUUUGUGUGGGUUUGCUAGUGGCUGAAGUGUAUGAGAAAUGGGCUCGUUUUUACUGACACAAAGCAUCUGAUCAAAGUAGCCAGAUAACAUGCAUGAAAAUGAAGUGUGACUGUGGUAGCUCACUUGUUGUUUAGCAGAUUCAUUCAGAAAGGAAAUAUUUGAACAAACUCAACAAGUCACUGGCAUUUUUUUUUCUUUUCUUUGUGCCUGGUUCUACUUGUUCGCAUUCGGUGUACCAUCUGUUAUGUUUCUCUGACGCUGGGAACGUGUUGAAAGUACUGUGCCAAAUGUUCCGUUACAAACUGUAAACCAGUGGCAAAAUGGCAAAAGCAAUGAAUGUUUUCUUCCUGAUUACAAGCAAAAGUAAUAAUAUGAAGUUACAGACAUGAACCUCUGAGCUUGAGGAGAACAUUGACUGGACUGUGACAGUAUUUUGUCAGCCUGCUGCACCGUCUGACUUAGUAAAAAAAAAAAAAAAAGAGACAGGUGCCAUUAUUUAACACUCCCCAGUCUCCAAACAAGAUAACCUAUGCAGUUGUUAAUAUUAUUCCAAAAAUUGUGAAGCUAAAAGUCGCUGCAUGAACACGAUUUACAUGUUGUUUUUGUUUUUUUGGGGUUUUUUCCCCUCUGUUGUACAUGUUCAUCCUAAUAUGAUGACUUAAAUGAUUGGGGCUGCUUCUUUAACAAUAAUUUGGUAUCUUCUGAAUAUUUAAAUCUAAGAAUGUUUUGUUAAUUUCUACUUAUUUCUGAAUGAACAGUUUCUAACAGAGCCUGACGCGUACCUGCGUGCCUCCUCCCAGGAUUAUGAAAUCCACAAGAAAGACAUCCAAGUUAAUGCAAAAGAAGCAGCCUCAUGACGUUUGCGGGGACAACAACGGACCUUUGAGCGCGCUCUCGUCGCUAUAAAAAAAGGCACAAAUCAACUGUCGAGGAUCAUGUGUUGGUUUUUGCCUUGCAGUGAAUUUUCCCUUUAACAUCAGAUGCAGUUCACAGAAAACAAAAAGGAACAGAUGGCUCUUUGGCCAUUCCUGCAUCUCAGUCUUAUAUUUAGUUGUUUUUCUUGUGUUUUCAGCAAUAUUUUAUUUGUCAGUCUGUGUUAAGCACCACUAAAAAGUUGAAAUACACACUGAAGAGGCUCUGGAAGAUCCUAAACACCUUAUAUUCAGGCUCUAAACUGUCGCUGCCUUUGUCUUUCCCAGCAGAUUUGCGAUAACUCAAGAUUAAAAGUGUGUUGGAGAUGCCUGAAUAAAAUUCAGUAUCACAACAGAA